AUGGCAUCGGCGGAUACUAAUACAGAUCUGAUCGGCAGCCAGUCGGUUGUCGAGCUGAUCGGCCAUACACCUCUCGUUCGGCUGAACAAGCUCCCACAGUCACUGGGCAUCAAGGCUCAUGUAUAUGCAAAAGUCGAGCUCUUUAAUGCCGGAGGCAGCGUGAAGGACAGGAUAGCACUUCGAAUGAUCGAGGAGGCCGAGAAGAGCGGCCGUAUUAAACCGGGCGACACUUUGAUCGAACCUACAAGCGGGAAUACCGGUAUUGGCCUUGCUCUUGUCGGUGCUGUCAAAGGAUACAAAACGAUCAUUACGUUACCAGAGAAGAUGUCCGCGGAAAAGGUGUCCGUUUUGCGCGCCUUGGGUGCUACAAUCAUUCGGACGCCGACACAAGCUGCCUGGGAUAGUCCUGAAUCGCAUAUUGGGGUGGCACGGCGCCUGCAAAGGGAGAUUCCGAAUAGCCACAUUCUCGACCAAUACACCAAUGUCGACAAUCCGCGGGCGCACGAAUACGGUACAGCAGAGGAAAUCUGGGAGCAGACGAAAGGGCGCGUGACAGUCCUUGUAGCCGGCGCCGGUACAGGAGGCACCGUAUCUGGCAUCGCCAAGGGACUCAAGAAACAUAACAAGGAGAUCAAGGUUAUUGCUGCCGAUCCGUUCGGGAGUAUUCUUGCUCAGCCAGAGAGCCUCAAUAUGGAGCAGGCAAACCUUCCCUAUAAGGUUGAGGGUAUAGGAUACGAUUUUGUUCCCGAUGUGUUGGACCGCAGCCUAGUGGACAAGUGGUAUAAAACAGACGAUCGGGAGUCAUUUCAUUACGCCCGCCGCCUAAUAGCCGAAGAGGGCUUGUUGGGGGGGGGCAGCUCUGGAUCGGCAAUUGCUGCGUUAGUGAAGGCGUCUAGCGAUUUGGGCCUCACUGCCGAUGACGUGGCGAUUGUCGUCCUGCCUGAUAGCAUCCGCAGCUACCUGUCUAAGUUCGCAGACGAUGACUGGCUGGCAGCAAACGACCUCCUCUCAACAGUACCAGGUGAGGCAGAAACUGCGAUUGAGCAGCAGCAGCAGCAGAGACUGCAGAAGCAGAGCAAGAAACCUUCGGAGAACCCGUAUGGAAGCGAUACCGUGAAGGUGUUACGGCUUAAGCCCGUAACGUCGGUGCUUUCCGACAGCUCCUGCAAGGAUGCAAUCGAGACACUGCGCGAUAAGGGUUUUGAUCAGUUGCCCGUGCUAUCACCCACGGGCGACAAGCUGGUCGGGCUUGUCACCUUGGGCAAUUUGCUGUCGUACAGCUCACACGGUCGACUACAGCCGACCAGUCCCGUCAGCGACGCGAUGUUCGACUUUGGCCGUAUAAACGAGGUGGUGACCGACCCGAGAGACGUUGUGAGGUCGCCAAAAGGACGGCGGCAGAAAUUCGUCGAGAUUACCAUGGACACGCCGCUUUCAGUGCUGAGCAAGUUCCUGGAAUGGAACAGUUCGGCCGUUGUGACAGAGCGGAGCGGCGACGCAAGGGCGGCUAAGCCUGUGGCUGUGGUCACCAAGGUGGACUUGUUGACGCAUGUGAUGAAGAAACUCAAGACCUAG